AAAGUUCAGACACUGACGGAAGCGAACGCUAGCCUUUCAAAGGAGGCAGACAGCCUGGAGGAUGCCAAGGUCCGACUCGAACGCGAAAGAGAGUCCCUUCAACAGCAUAUUUCUGAUCUCGAGGAGUCCGUACAGGACUUGGAGGCUCGUUACCAAUCAGCGCAAAAUGCGAUGACCCACCUCCGCACUGAGCUGACACAAAGAAUCCAAGAUAGGGACGAAGAGCUGGAGACCCUCAAACACAACAGUCAGAAGACUAUUGAGAACCUGAAUACUGCGUUUGAUGAACUGGAGGCAAAACACCGCGCUGAGGGGGCUCGCUGGAAGAAGAAGUUGGAAUCUACAAUGGGGGAAUUCGAGAAGGAAAUUAACGGCCUCAAGGACGAGCGAGACGAUGCCCUGAAAGUUGCUCACGACUCCGAGGACCAGUGCGUCCACCUUUUGAAUGAGCUAGACGAAAUCAAUCACUCCCUACAAGAGGCUAACUCUGCGCUACAGGUUUCUGUCCAAUCAGCAUAUUUUGCAUUCCUUCACCACAUUGUCUAG